AUGCCCUCAGGAAUUGCUUUCUCCAAUGGCCACACCUGGAAAGAGCAGCGACGUAUUGGCAUCACUUCUCUGCGGAAGCUGGGCCUGGGGAAGAAAAGCAUUGAGCAUCAGAUAGAAGACGCGGCUCAGACUUUGGUGGAGAUCUUUAAACAAACAAAAGGGCAACCAUUUGACCCUUCACUUUCAGUCCUAAAUGCGGUUGCUAAUGUCAUAUGUGCUUUGAGUUUUGGACAUCAGUUUUCUACAGAAGAUGAAGAUUUCCAGAAGCUGGUUCACGGUCUUAAAAUUAUUUUUAAAUUCUUUGGUGACUUUUUUCAUGCGGUGUAUGAUUUGUUCCCAAAAUUAAUGAAGUACCUACCAGGCCCUCACAAGGAAGCCCUGGGUUCUCUGGAUUUUAUCCUUGCAUUUAUAAAGCAGGAAAUAGAGAAACACAAGGAAUCUCACUCUCUGCACGAGCCGCAAGAUUUUAUUGAUUACUAUCUUCUUCAGAUGGAGAAGAGCAGGAAUGACCCUGACUCUACCUAUGAUGAAGAGAACCUGGCUCAGUGUAUUGUUGAUUUUUGUGGUGCUGGAACAGAGACAACCUUUGGUACGCUGAUGUGGGCACUGCUUCUCUUGACAAAUCACCCUGACAUUCAAGAGAAAGUCCAGAAAGAGAUUGAAGAUGCGUUUGGCUCAUCAGGGUCAAUUUCCUAUCAGGAUCGGAAGAAGCUGCCCUACACCAAUGCCGUGAUUCAUGAAAUGCAGCGUGUAAAAUAUAUAUUAAUGUAUGGGAUUCCAAGGCAGAGUACAAAGGAUGUGAAGAUGAGGGGAUAUCACAUUCCGAAGGGGACCUUUAUCAUCCCAGACUUUCGCUCUGUUCUUCUUGAUCCUGAGCAAUGGGAGAUGCCUGAAAAAUUCAAUCCAAAUCAUUUUUUAGAUAAGGAUGGGAAGUUCAUUGACCGAGAAGAGUUUCUGCCCUUCGGAAUGGGUGAACGUGUAUGUGUGGGAGAACAGCUAGCAAGAAUUGAGACCUUUGUCUUUCUGACCAGCCUGUUGAGGGCCUUCAGCUUCCGGUUGCCUGAAGGAGUGAAAGAACUCAAUGAAGCACCUAUUGCAAAGAUGACAAUGCACCCACACCCUUACAAACUGUGUGCUUUUCCCACACAGGCAUAA